GUUGGCGAGUGUCGAAGAGGUGGCGAGGAUUUAAAUCGUCAUAUCUGAGUUCCUCGCUUUCUCACGUGGUGCAGGCCUAAUCAAUCUUCAUUGGCUAGCGGGCUGAGGAGGCGAGGGUUCGGUACUCCCCUUGACAUGGCUGAGGGUGCCGGCUGGCAGCCGCCGCGCCCCUGUGAAGCCUAUCGCGCCGAGUGGAAGCUCUGCCGCAGCGCUGGGCACUUCCUGCACCACUACUACGUCCACGGCGAGCGGCCGGCCUGCGAGCAAUGGCGACGCGACUUGGACAGCUGCCGCGAAUGGGAGGAGCGCCGGAGCGCCAAGGCCCAGCGGUCCCUCUGUGAGAGCGAGCAUAGGAGAGUCCAGGCUGCACGAAAGCACACCCUGGUGUGGACCCCGAGGCAGAGCCCCCCUGCAGACUGGCAUCUCCCUCUGCCACAGGAGGAGGAAGACAAGUGACAAGCACCCCUGCACAGCUUCCUCUGGUCUGUUUCAAGUGGGGCUGUUGUAUGUGACCCUAAGGACUCUGACUGACCCAAACGUUCCAGUAGGUACCUGGGAGCUUCUGCCUGGCUUGGAACACCAAGCACCACACCCCCAGGGCUGCUUGCCCAGCCCUCACCUGCGUUCCGGGUGCCCCCCUGCUGCCAUUGCUCUGGAAGACAGUUUUGUCCACUGCACAGCCUCCAGGAAGCCAAGGACCAUUGCAGAUUGCUGCCAGCAGGCAGGUUGGGCUGUCUCAUGCUCCUCCCGCCCACCUCCCAGCAGGACAGCAGCACAGCAGGUGGUCAUCCUGAGGUUUAGAAUUCUCAGGUAAAGUCUUAAGUGGUAGCUGUGACCCCUGUGGACACAUAGAGGGGUCAGGAGGAGGAAACUAAAUGGUCGUGCUGCCAAGAACACCUUCGCCUGGCCCUGGUUUGGUGAGGACCACACAUGGCCAGCCACUGUGCCCACACUUGGCUGUGGCCUGCUCACUCAGGUCCUCUGCAGACACAGGUGGGGCGCACCUCUGGACCGGCACGCCACACCCUCUAGACUCACAGGAGGUGAGAUUCUGGUUUUUAAGAACUGCACACAGCUAAGGACACACCACCUUGCAUAAAAAGCAUUCAUGGAUUCUUGGCCGAAGAAACCCAAACCUGGAAUUUUGGUCUGCUUAACAUUUCCCCUGGUCAUUUUUAGAAAAUGUGGAGUAUGUCAAAGGCCAUUUUACACAUUAGAUUUCAAAGAGAAGCUGAAAUUUUAAAUCAACAGUUUAGUUGUUGGGACUAUUAAAUUUCACAUCUGAUGUUGUACUCAGACAGUGUUAUAAUGAAGUCAUUAAGGUUGGCCAUGACAAUCCAGCAUGGCUGGAGAGGGAUGACCACAUGAGGACACAGCACAAAGGUAGCCAUCUAGAGGCCAGAGGCCUUCAGAGAAACCAACCCUGCUGGUGCCUCAGCCGUGGGAGUUGUAGCUUCCAGAACUGCGAGGAAUGUCUUUUUCAGCCAUGCAGGCUGGCACUUUGUCCUGGCAACCCCAGCACCCUAAUACAGCCACCAUUCCAGACUGACAGUACCCAAGUAAGAGUCCUCAGCCCCAGGGGUCCCACCCUCCUGCGGGACACAGCAGCUUUGUUCACUAGUGUGUCCCUGGCCUGCUCCACCCUCUUCAGCCUCCCUCCCCAGCUUAAAAUGCGAAGCUGGUGCUGCUGCUGAUGAUGUGAAGAACUUCAUGUGUCCUGUCUGCCCCACCCGUGAAGGCCCUGCCUCUCUGCCCACCCGUGCAGACAGCACAGCACACACAGCCUGCACACCCUUCACCUCUGUCUCUUGGGAUCACUUUAUGCCUCCUGCUGGGGGCAUCCACCCCACAGAACUGGAAUCUUCCUUUUUUAUUGGGGGACAGUGGUCAAGGUUUGGUCAUCCUCUCCCUGGUACCUGGAGAGGAGGGACAGUACCUCUCACCCCUAUCCAUCCUCAGAUGAAUUAAUUUUGACCCUAACAUAAGACAAAGAGACACUUGGUUACAUUUACAUUUAUUCUCAGCAUGCCUCAUACUGUGACAAGUGGACUUGAGCCCUGGUCAUUCUGGUUCUGAAGGGCACAGUGUUCAGACGGCUGCCUCCAGCUCUACCUCUUGAAUUCCACUUGUGUAUAUACCUUGGUGAUGUCGUGGUACCUGCCUUCAGGGGGCUGGUAGUUGGAGAUUGGUGGUGUGUAAGUUGGCCCUUCUCUCUCAAAGGGGAACAGACUAGGGUCCCGCUUGAUGGCCUCCUCAUGCAGCUCCUGGGACAUGAGUUUCAGCUCUUGCAGAGCUUCCUGCUGGGCCUCAAGCAUGGACUUGAUGGCUUCCCUCUCCAUUUCAUGCUCUUGCUGCUUGUACAGGGACCAUUUCUUCAGAAGCAGAGCUCUCCGCUCAGCCUCCUCAAAGGAGAGCUCUACCUGAGGCCGCUGUCUGGGAACACACAAAUCCAAAGGUGUGAGCUAGGCAGCACUCACCAGGGAGUUUGGUUGACUGCUUAUGGCCCAUGCAUCCUCCCUGCCAGACAUACAUGGAACUUACGAAAGGAAGUGAAAGUUUGGGACAAAUUAAGAAAUAGAAUGUUCAAUGUGGUGGCAGCUGCAACUGAUGGCUACAAGCCAGUGCCAUUUGCUUUACUUGCAGAUAAGAGUCACUGAUUCUCAGAGGAGACUAGGAUAGCACUUCCUCUUUCCCAGGCAGAGACUACUUUUGGUGAGAGGUGACUUUGGAGAAAAAUGAAAUUGUAUAAUGAAAACGGACACCAAAAUCCCAAGGAGUCGAGAGCCUAUUAUUAGCCCCAGAGUACCAAAUGACACCUGCAGUGUCCCACUUGUGUGGCAAGGUGCUGCUACUUUACAGAUAGCACAUACUUUUAUAAGGCAAUAAUCCUGCGCGCGCACAACCCAACUGUGAGCAUGUGCAUCAAGAAGCAAGAGGCUAAGGGCAUUCUGCCACCAGGAUGGGCAGUGCCUGCAGACCCAAGGCCCAAGUCGUCAGUCACAGCUACAACCUCUGACAGAAGAGCAACUAUGAACUUUUGAGCAGUGCUGAUAAGAACUUCACUCAAGUUUCUGGUCUGGCUUAUCAAACAAUUAUUCUGAGUUUCUUUCCCACAUUCAGCCAUUCAAGAGCACCACCCAGGAAUGUUUUCCAACUCCUGCGAGACAUAAUCAAGGAGAAAAGGACUCAGCCCAGGGCCAAGUCAGCCCAAGCCCACUAACCCCUUCCCAUCACUGGCAUGAACUGCAGUUACAAUCACCUUUAGGCGAUGAACUCCUUUGCCCUCAGGACUUCAACCCUAGAGGACCCUUACCUCACUUUAUCCAAGAACCUCACAGGCGUAAUAAAUCUUCAAUGGGAAUUA